UUAUUUUUUGUUUUGUUUGUCAAAAAUGUUGUGGCAAAAAGAAUCAGACGCUUCAAAUGCAACUUACAUCGAUCUAUGUACGCCAUCAUCGCCAAAAGAAAUCAAAGAAUUUGAAAGGGCCAUUUCAUUGUAUGAUGAAAGAAUGCAGAAUUCGGUCGAAAAAAAUUUCGUUGCAUCCAAAGAUAACGAUUUAUCGUUGAAAUUGCGACGGGAAGGUAACGCAUUGUUCACCAAUAAGAAAUGGGAUCAGGCAAUGGACAAAUACAAUCGGAGUCUGUGUUAUGCUGAAAAGGGUUCUGAACAAAUUGCACUGGCCUAUGCAAACCGAUCGAGUUGUUAUCUUUACAUGAAAAUGUACGAUAAAUGUCUAGUCGACAUAGAUCUGGCGAGGAAGGCCAACUAUCCGGAAUAUUUGGAACCGAAACUGAACAAACGUGCAGCGGAUUGUGUGAAAUCAAUCGACGAUGGUCUUCAAGCUAUUGAUGGAGAAGCGAAAUUGAGCUACGAAUCACAUCAAAAUUAUCCAGGACUGGUGGAACAUUUGGUUAUUGUCAACAGUUCUAAGCAUGGUCGUGGUGUCUUCGCAACCAAAGACGUUGAUGUUGGUGAAACAGUACUACUCGAGCGAAUGUAUGUUGGCGAAUCGUUCGUACGGAAAUAUGAAACAUGUACCGUUUGCUUGAAAUCGAAUACAAAUUUGGCACCGUGCUCAACAUGCACAUUUGCAAUGCUUUGCUAUGAUGGAUGUAAUUGUGCUGACCUACAUCGACUUGAGUGUGGCAUCCGCUCACAUCCGAAUAAUGGAGAUGAUUUUGUACUCGGCAUCCUAAUAUCAGUAAUCCGGUCAAUUUUGAUGGCAAUGAAAUUGUUCUCGAAUACUGACGAUUUGAUGUGUUUUGUGGAGGAAGCUAUAGCCGCCGAUCCAAUGGAAAUACCGUUGACAGUCGAUGACAAAUCCACGUACCGGUCCUUCCUCAAAAUUCAUAAAGAAGAACUGACCGAUGCUCGGCCGCAUCACAUUCAUUUUUUCUACAGAUACUUGGCUGGCAACACCGAAUUGGCUUCCCACUUCUCUGAAGAAAAGCAUCGGCGCUUUUAUAUGCAUUUGAUAAUGCAUCACUUAGCUGUGGUCAAAUCGAACAAGAUCACCAGCGAACGUUUGGUUGGAAACGUGCUCCCGGCGGGCCUGAACGCUCUUGACUACGUCUACGAAGACGAAUCAAUCGGAAUUUUGAAGACAUAUUUCAAUCAUUCCUGUGCUCCGAACAUUGCAUUCUACUGUGACAAUGGUUGCAUCAUCGGCAAAAUUAUUCGACCGGUCAAAAAUGGUGAACAAUUGUUCUGUUCGUAUUUUCCAAAUUUGUUGGGUCUAACGUGGGACGAUCGACGAGGCAUGAACGAUUUUGGUUUCGAAUGUGAUUGCUUUCGGUGCGAAUCUGGUGUGACCGACAACACCGAUUUUCAUAUCGAUCCGGCGUUCGGUUUCAACGGCGAUUACUUGUAUCUUCGAGCGAAUUUCAGUCCGAAUCGUAGCUAUCCGGAAGAGCCGAUCCGAAAAGCGGUUGAAGAGAAAUGUGUGACGCUUUUGAAGAAAUUCGGACGAAACAAGUGGACAUAUUCAUUGGAGUACGUAAUGCAAGCGUAUGUUGCGGCUCUGCAACGAUCCAGUACGUCACCAAUUUCAAAGUAUCUCUACUUGGAGAACAUUGUGCACAAGCACGGUCUGAAUCACAACGUUGACCUGUUUGAGCAAGAUUUUCGGCAGAAACUUACAUCGUUAUUCAGCUGCUUGUUUUGAGACAAAACAUUUUUCGUAAAUUCAUUGAAUGAAUGCUCAAAGUCGAUAGUUUUUUGUGUCAUAAAUGUCCAAUGCGUGGUCUUAGAAGUCUCUCGUUUUGUUCAAUUUAAAUACCUCAAAUGUCUUUUUUAUGAAUUUUGGAUUACAAACAUACUGUUAUUGGAUGUUUCUCUCUCUCUCUCUCAAGAAAAUAAACUUUUUUGAA